AUGCGCAGAGGGAAAGCGAAAGGAAGUGAAUCAACAGCCGUAGCUACACUUCGGGCAAACUUUGCUCCGGCUAUCGAUAAGUCGCGAUCCAAGUUCAAUCCCAGCAGCACGAAAGCUCCCACCUGCAUAUCACUCGCCAUGCCCGGCUCACUAGCUGACUACCUUGCGAAAAAUUACCUCAACGCCGACCCAGCGACCGAGCGCCCAAAGAAAAAACGCAAGAAGACCAAGGCCGUUGACACUGCCAGCUCCGGACUAAUCAUCACCGACGACGACCCAUCCGACAUCCUCCCCAAAACCCAACAAGAUGACGAAGACAGCCCAUUCCUUGACACAUCUUACAAGAGUGCUGAAUUCCGCCGCACCAAGAAAUCAGGUUGGAAAAUUCUAGGUGGUGACAAUAGCGACCAAGCCGCCGCGGACGCAAUCAUAGCCUCAGCGGCCGCAGAACGAGACGCAGCACGCGCCGAAGAUGCCGAAGACCCAACAGUUGAAGAAACCGAGGAUGGGCUUAGGAUGGAGUCUGGUGCUCUAGCAGGCCUCCAAACCGCCGAACAAACCACGGCGAUGGUAAAAGCUCAAGAACGACGCAAAAAAGCUGAAGAAGCACAAUGGCGCGAUCCAUCUGCCGUCGCCGCUCAAACCCAAGAAACAAUCUACCGUGACGCCUCCGGUCGAAUCAUCAAUGUGGCAAUGAAACGCGCCGAAGCCCCCCUCAUGGGCGACGUGCAACGGCAGAAGCGUGAGAUGCGAAAACAAGAGCUCCAAGAAGCGAAGGCAAUGCCGCUAGCUCGGGGCAUUGAGGACGAGACUUUGAAUGAUGAACUGAGGGCGCGGGACCGGUGGAACGACCCGGCGGCCGGGUUCUUGACAGAGAAAUCUAAGCCAGGAGCUAGUGUUACUGGCAAGCCGUUGUACAAGGGGGCGUUCCAGCCUAAUCGGUAUGGAAUUCGGCCGGGGCAUCGAUGGGAUGGGGUUGAUCGGGGAAAUGGAUUUGAGAAGGAUUGGUUUGCAGCGAGAAAUAAAAAGGGGAGGAUGGAGGCUCUGGAUUAUCAGUGGCAGAUGGAUGAGUAG